UUUUACUCUAUUUCCGAGAUAUUGGCUGUUUUGUAACUUGAUGCGCUCGACGGUGGCAUUGCUGCCAUCGGCUGAUCGGUCGCGCGGUGGCUUGAGGACCGCGCAAACUGAAGCAGCGUGCACGUUUGAACAUGGACAGGAUUUAUUGCCUAUUGACUGAAUUCGACACUGCUUUGUGACAGUUCGAUUUAAGUGGUGACUGGUGACAGAGCAUAUUUGCAUAUUUCAAUAUUAUUGUAAUUAUGGUUCGACCGAGCGUAUGCUCUAAUCUGUUUAUGAAAAAGGGCCAUAAUUGUGUCCGACGCAAUUUAUUUUUGGUGACAUCUAAGUGGAAUGAUAAAUUUGAAAAAUAUAUUGGUCAAUAUGUUUGUAAAAUGUGUCGCAAAGAAUUAUAUCGGGGUGCAAAAACUACUGUGAACGCACUAGAUGAACAUUGUCAGAACUGUCUGCUGUUGCAAACAAGAUUUGAAUUUCGAUUGAAAAUUAUUUCUUUUCAGAGUGAAUGGAUGUUUGCUUGUAUAAUGUGCAUUUCGUUAGAUAUUUACAUACUUUCCAAAUUUUUUGUCUUUUAUUGCUGUUUUUAACCUCAAAGGACAAUUGAAUGAAUUUAUAACAAUAACUUAUGAAUAAAAACACUUAAAUUUUUAAUGUGAAAGUUAAUAAAACAUUUAAAAUUGCUGACUCCGCUAGAGUAAAUCGCCACGUUUCUUUUUUCAAUCCUACUCAAAGUACAGAAAGUGAAACGUCGGAUAGCUCUAUAGAUUCUUUCGACGAUUCGGAGGAUGAAAAUUUCGAAAUAAAGAACAUUGAUCAUUCUUUGAAAUUCGAUAAAGUGAACAAAAUUCUGCAAGAACUAGGCGAACCACCUAUUAAAAAAAAAAAGGUAUUCUGAUUUAUGCGAUAAGGAACUCAAAGAAAUUGUUGCAGACGUCAUUAAUUCCGGAAAAGGAACAGAAAAUGCAGAAUUAAAAAAUCAGAAAAAAACAGAAAAUCCAUACUCAGCUUUUGUGAAAAAUAUUAAACACGCUUAGCUUGAAAAGAACAGUAUCAACCAUAAAAUUCAAAUUCUCACAACAAUUCCAGACAAUUGGACCGUGAAAAAAAUUUGCGAUACAUCGAAAUCUAAAAAAUUGAGAAGAAAAAAUGGCUUUGCAUCUGUGCCAGCUAAAAAACGUGGAAAAAAAUUUCAGAUUUGUAUGUCGAAAAAGUGCGUAAUUUCUACUUGUCUGAUUAUUCAAGUAGACUGUUACCUGGAAUAAAAGACUGCAAAACUGUUUUUAAUAACGGUAAAAAAACAAAAGAAAAAAAAAUUGUUACUUUUUAAUCUGAAUGAUGAACACGAACAAUUUAGAAUAGAAUACCUUGAGACAUUAAUUGGUCUAUCAAAACUCAAAGAACUUCGGCCUCGCGAAUGCAUUGUCGCUGGGCAAAGUGGGCCGCAAAGUGUUUGCGUGUGUAAAACGCAUCAGAAUGUGGCUUUGAAAAUUUAUGAAAUCAGGCAUGAAUUAAAAAAGUGUAAAGUAAAUUUCAAGGAGAAUAUGGGCGAUUUGAUAAAACAGUGUGUCUGCGAAAAUUUCGAAUUCAGUCAAUAGGCAAUAAAUUCUGUCCAUGUUCAAACGUGCACGCUGCUUCAGUUUGCGCGGUCCUCAAGCCACCGCGCGACCGAUCAGCCGAUGGCAGCAAUGCCACCGUCGAGCGCAUCAAGUUACAAAACAGCCAAUAUCUCGGAAAUAGAGUAAAAGUACAAAAUUCUAUUUUCAGAUUAUUGAAGGAAAUAUGAAAUGCAUCUUUAAGAUAUAGAAGUCAAUUAGAAUGGCCAAAAGAAAAUGGUGCAAAGAAAAAAGAGAAAGCGAUUCAAAUUGACGAUAAAGCUGCUAGAAAACCUGUGAGAAUUUUAUAACCGAUGCGCUAACGGAAUAUUGCAUCACACUUGCAGUGUUGUAUUUAAAAAUAUAGACAAUAAAAGUGAUGGCUCUAUGCAAAAGCUGAGAUCGAUGUAGUCUGUCCAACUAAUUCAUUAAAUAUCGAAAAUAAACAGAGGAAGACCACUAAAAGUACCAUCGGCCUUUACUUAUUAUAAUAUAAGAAUAAGAUUUGGCUUGUUUCCGCAAAAGUAUUUCGGUGAUUAGCGAGCAUUUUUAACGGCCUAAUAUCUCGAACAUUUUCCAUUACGCACCAAAAGAAGUAAUUGGUGGAACUUGAAGGCGUCAACAACAACUGAAUCAAUGAAUCUGUUGUGCUGCUGUUGCGGUAACAUGGCACCAAACACGAGGAUAACUCGCAAAUGGGAGCUAUUUGCUGGGCGCAAUAAGUUUUACUGCGAUGGAUUGUUGAUGUCCGCACCACACACAGGAGUUUUCUAUUUAACUUGCAUUCUGAUUACGGGCACCAGCGCACUAUUUUUUGCAUUUGAUUGCCCGUUCCUUGCUACACGUAUAAAUCCUAUUAUUCCUAUUGUUGGUGCAGUGCUUUACUUCUUUACAAUGAGUUCCUUGCUACGAACAACCUUUACAGACCCUGGUGUUAUACCCCGUGCAUCUCACGACGAGGCUGCCUACAUAGAAAAACAAAUUGAAGUGCCAAAUUCGCUGAAUAGCCCUACAUAUCGGCCUCCGCCACGUACUAAAGAAGUCCUUGUUAAAGGGCAAACAGUGAAACUAAAAUAUUGUUUUACUUGUAAAAUUUUCAGACCCCCGCGAGCGUCUCAUUGUAGUUUAUGUGACAAUUGCGUUGAUCGCUUUGACCAUCAUUGUCCUUGGGUUGGCAACUGCGUGGGGAAGAGAAACUAUCGUUUUUUUUACUUAUUUCUAGUCUCGUUAGCAUUUUUAGCUGUAUUUAUAUUCUCAUGCUCUGUGACUCAUUUAGUUUUAUUGUUGAAAGCAGAACAUGAAGUAUUUGAGGUGAUAAAAAAGGCGCCAUUUACUGUGAUUGUUGUGUUCAUUUGCUUCUUUUCGAUUUGGUCAGUUAUUGGUUUGGCGGGGUUUCACACUUAUCUCACCACAAGCGAUCAAACUACAAAUGAAGAUCUUAAGGGAUCAUUUUCAUCGAAAGGGGGGCAGCGCUCGAUAAACCCAUAUUCGCGCGGAAAUAUCUGCCUCAAUUGCUGCCAUAUACUUUGUGGACCAAUGACGCCAUCUUUAAUAGACCGCCGAGGAGUUGCGACAGAUGAUUAUAUUUUACAAAUGCAACAACAUACCAGUCCACGUCACCCCUUAAGCGACGUGAUGAGUGCUUCUCAUGUUGGUACAAGCAGUAUGGUUACGUCACAACCAGUGAUCGCCGGCGCAGGAGGCGGCAUUAGUAUUGGAGGCAAUGAUAUGAAGACCCGCCUGUACGAUGAGUCCAAUCCUUCUUCGGGGACUUUGGGAGGCAGUAAUGGAAUAUAUCGACCGCGAAGUUAUGAUAACUUACAAAACGGAAACUCCAAUAGCCUUGCGCAUUUGGUUGACAACGAAAUUCCUCUUUCCCAGAUGGACAUACCCCAGACACAAACCGCGCAAAUGCAACGCCAAUUCCGGCACCAUAAAGAUCGUGCACAAUCGAACACAACAUUGAAAGCCUCCGAAAGCAAUAAUAUUUUAAAUAGUUUCGACUCCAACGUAGCCACCAACGAAGAUGUUGUCGAAAUAGUCGGCAAAACCGAGGUUGUAGCCGCCGUGGCAGCGAUCGCUGCUACAAAUCAGGCUCGCGAACGCCAGAAUCGUUCAGACAGCUAUAGCAACUUAUUUUAUGCGGAAAGUGGUUCUAUGAAUACCAACAGCCAUAUUUGCAAUAGCCCAACAUUACCGUCAAGUGUUUCGGCUAUUGAACGUUUAGAUAAAGAAUCGUCCGAUCUUCCAAUGGAAACAAAUGCGACAAGCCUCUCUGUGAACAUGGACAGCAAGGAUUCUAAAGAUUUUGCCGAAAACACUCAACAUUUACCAACAAGCGAAAAACAACACACGAACUUAAUUAAACCCAUGCCCCAAAUAGAGAAUGUGUAUAGUAACGUCUCACAAAUUGAUGCGAAUGCAGUGAUGGCUAAACAUGAAGACGAACAUCGGAACGCUAGUUUACAUGUGUACUCCAACUUAAUGGAUGAACAGAAACAGCACGAACUGUCAUUACAAGUGACCCCACAACAUAAACAAACAUCCCAACAAAGUAUUAAUCCAACCAGUGUAAUGCUGUCAUCAGCAUUAUUAAACGACGAUCUCGACUUAGAUGAUCCAGUUAGUGCAUCAUUUGUUGCACACGAAAAUGUAGAUUCCACAUUUGUAUCUGGUAAUAAUAUUGGAAGUAGUAGCACUUUGAAUGGUCUGAACCGUUUACGUAUGCUAAACCACACAACAAUGAUAAAUACUGCACUUGAUUUAGAUAGCUUAGAUGGAUCCAGCUUAGGCAACAACUCUCAAUCGUGCUUAGUUAAAGGGGCACCUCCGAUAUCCUAAGCCUAAAAAUGAACAAGCCACACAUACGAAUGCAUAUAAACUUCCAUAUGCUAUGUGUAUGUACAUGCACACAUACCCACGUAAUUCUAAGAAUAAUUAACCUCCAAAAGAAGACUCCACGGGCAGAUACCAGAUAUUUGUCUUCGGUACGUUUGUGCGUUUACACGUCCAUAGCGGCUAUGAAUAGCGCAGCUUGGUACGUUGGCACAUGGUACUAUGCACCGGUUAGAGUUGAUCAGUUGACUUUCGUCACAUAAAAAAAUUAACUGGCUUAUUUGUAUCUUUCCAACUGCAGUCGCCUAUUGACUAAUAAUCAUAUAUAGCUAAACCAAUAUUAUUGAAUAGCUUCCAAAAUGUAUGUAUAACAUAAAAAAACGUUUUCAGUCCUGGAUCAGUUUUUUUGUUUUAAAUGCUACUUCGGAAUACGCAUAAGUUUUAAUAUACUCGACGCUGUUUUUAACUUUGAAUAAAUAUGUAACAUACAUUUCUUGUCGACUGUUAGAAGCUUAUGCCGAACUUUCUUAAAAGCAGCUGAAUUUCAUAAGCUGCUACACCUGUCUGCAAGAGAAAACUAUUUCAAUUUGGAGGCAUUGCACUUCACCUUCAACCCUUCAUGACUUGCAACACAAUUAGUGCAAAACCAACUACAGAAGAGCCAAUUUAAAGUUAUUUACAAACUACUGUUUUGUAGUUUUAUUACGGAAGUUUUUGUCAGACAUCAAAGAGAUUUUUUGUGGCACGGUUUUAAACGGUUUUAUAAUAGGGAAUAAAUUAUGUAUUGCUUAAAUAAAGUGGGUGAAUUGGGAGUAUAUUAUUUAUUUUAUUAUAUUUUAUAUCUAUAUGAUAUAUAUUUUAAUAUAGAUUUUUAAUACUCCUAUAAUGGCAGUUACCCAUCUCUGCAAUAGACGUUUUGCGCAUGCGCAGGCUUAAUAUGCAUUGGUUUAAGUAAAUACUAUAUAUUUUGCAUUCAAGCGAGUUUGACGUAUCUUCAAUGGCGGUUGAAAAUUAAUUUGAUGGAUAUCUGAUAAAAAAUUGGAACUAUGUUAGUUAUCUUAGUGCGUUUACUGCUUAGUAUUUCAUUGCUGAAUAAAUUUUCAAUGUUUAUGUUGCCGUCCAUUAUUUUAUUUGAAAAAAACCUAACUGUUGGACAAUUGUUUUCAUUAAAACUAUUUUGCAGUUCUAACGGGGCAUUUGUUCAAUAAUUUUCUUAUGAGUUACACGUUUCACGCGCUGUUUUUGAAUUUUGCACAUAAAGGCAGUCCCUCGCUUGUUUGUAGUGCAUAUAAGUCAAGCAAAUAUUGCCAUCGAAUUAUUGCGUCCGAAUUACAAUAGAUUUUGAUAAUUGGUCAUCGUUUAAACAAUUUUUCAUCAAACUUAAGAAUAUAAAAACUUUUGGAAAUGUGUAGUCCUGGCGUCAAAUGUAAUUGAAUAAACAUUCGCGCCCACGCUCUUUAACAUAUACAAAGAUCCUUUCUGCAAAUUAGCAGAUUUUUUACCACAUAAUGACUGGAUAAAAAAAUAGCCGAUUGGAACUUUCCAAUGCUCCCUUAAAGAUACACUCAAUAUUACAAACGCAUUAUUCGCCGCGGAGGCGCACUCCGUAUUGCAUUUCAUCAUACCUAAGUCUAUACUUCUUUAAAAACUUUUCUGAUUGUAUAUUUUUUACUCCCUAAUAGCCAUCUCGAGAUUUACUAUACGCGAUAGCAUCCGAUAAGCUUUUGGCGAGUAUAAAUUGUGUGUUAAAGAAAAACUUCAUAUUUGAUUCGUCUACUUUUUAGAUCUUUUUAACUUUCGUGACACCAUCGCUUUCAUAUUUUCAGGAAUUCAAUUCCUCAAGUUUAUACAUAUGUAUAUUAUAUUAGAAAUUUGAAACUACUAGCUAUAUAUUUAAUACAAAACUUAAAAUAAAUUUACCAUAAUUUCUUCUGUUUUUGCGUCCAUUAGGCUUCUCACAAAUAGCCAUUGUUGCUAAGUAACUCGGCAAGUAGUUUAUUUUUUAUUAAGAAGAGCUUUUAAAAUUUUAGUUUUCGACGCGGCUGAACUGCUUUUAGGUGAAGCAACAUCAGGACUACGAUUUUCCUCCCCAAACGUAAACAGGACAGAACCUUACAUCAGCUUUCGUUAAACCUCUUUUGAGUUAUUUUAGCGGUGUGUUUUUUGACAUGCUGAAAUACAAUAUCUGAAGUUAUUGUAUUGAUUUUUUCAAGUAGCGGGAAGGUUCCUUUUAUGAAAUUUCGACGUCAUAGUUGACAGUCAUCUUGCCGACUAUUCGCUGUACAUUGCCAACUCCCCCACAUCACAGCGCUCCCGCAGUCAACGGCAACGUACGAAUCAUUUUUUGUCUCUAAAAAUUAUAAAUAUUUACUCACCAACGCCUAAGUAUUCACAAGACCACUUUUUUUAAUAAAUUUUGUUUAGUUUGCUUGCCUAUGUCUCAAUGUUGCAGAAUAACUAAACAAAAGAAAUUUAUUACAUUCACUUUUUGCUUUUUGUUUACACUUCUGUUGUGUAAAAAGAAGUAUCUCAUUAGAUGAAAAUGUGGCUUUACUUUUGCCGAAUUUUUUGUUUUUGAGUUAUGACGUCCUUCCCGGCAAGCGAGCGAUAUGUAGAAUAUACUUUAUUAGAGCGUUCGUGAUUCUGUGCUUUAAUAUAUGACGUCGUACCUGUGUUGUUUGCAUUAUAUAUAAGUAUAUAAAUUGUAAUAUAAGUGGAGUUUAUACCCUUUGUUGGGCUAGACCGUUAUUCUGUUAUGCAUUUCAAAAAUGCAAUUGACCAAAAGCCGUAAUUAGAAUUACAUAUUUGCAGUUGAGUCUUCCAAUUUAUUUUGAUAACAAAGCCUGUUAAAUAAAUGUAAGCUUGGUUAUGUAAAAUACUAAUUUGUUGCUUUAUAAUUCUUAUUGAAGAUUUAAACGAACAGAUUUUCGGCAAAGGCAGCUCUGUGUAAACGAUAUUUUAGAAUUUUAAAGACAAUUCGUUUCAAUAAACCUCAGUAUAAAAGAGUUUUCAGGUUAGGCUAUUCCGAAACACAUUUGAGGAUCUGCUGUAGUUAAAAUACUCAGAUUUUUAUGGCGUAAAGCACAAAUCAUCGCAGAUAUUCCAUGUAUAGUUUUGCACUUCAUUGAAUUCUUAUUUCACUUUUGAUAUAUAAAAGUUUGGUGGAGUAUUUUAAAUUUAAGAAUAUUUUCGUUCCGUACCACAGUUGAUGAUUGGAUUGUAGAACAAUAAAAUACCUUCUAUGAAACUAUGUACGCACAAAAAAACCAAGGAUAUGGAAUAUUACCAACGGCACCAUCUACCAGCUACGGCCACUCUCCCAAAAGAAAAAAAGUAAAACCAACCAUAAUAACAUUGUAGGAACGCUAAACUGGCACAUAAUUUCGGGAUUUUCAUUUCGAUUUUAAAUUUGCGUUUUCAUGAUUCCAUAAUAAUAAGUGAGUCACGAUAUUUUUUUACGUACAGUGUAAUAAUAAAUAAUAAAGAACUAUUUGCCCUUGUCGUACUGCACCACACAAUUAAGUUGAGAGCUUGAUUGUAAAUGGUACGGUUGAGUGCAAAAUACCGCUUUUAUUUAUAGUCGUGCUUUGCUAUCACUAUUAUUAAUAAAUCUGUAGCGCUAAUAUCUCUAUGAGAAAAUUUGGGCUUUGGGAACGCAAUAUAGUUUCCCAAAGAAGUACAAAUGGCAAAGAGUUUCGCAAAACUGAUACCUUCACAAUUAACGGAGAAGGAUUAUUGUAAAUAUCAUAUAAUCUGUGGUAGCGGUUUAGAUGUACAUGUUUGUAGCUGUAUCCAACUGAUGCAACCACGUUUCCUUUAGGUUAUUCAUUAAGGUAUAUGAUUCGACAAAUUAAAUGUAUGAAGUAGUCGUACUUAUUUAUUAAAUCAUAUUAAAUUUAUGUACAUUUUAAGUAAUUCAACUAACAAGUUAACAAUGUUUCAUAACAAAUUAUAAUAACUAAGAGGUUAAAUGGCUGUGCCUCAAAUGCGAACAAUGCGAACCUUAGGUGAAGAACUUCGCUAAAUUAAGUUGAAUUGCUUGUGCUCGUCGUGGUUCAUGUUGUACCAUUUUGUAAUUGCAUUUUAGUUUAAUUACUUUUAGACGGUAAGGCUUAGAAAACAUUCGUAAAUCCGCAAUCCGCAAUCCGUAGAUCCGGAAAUGCCAUUAAUAUAUGGAAGUUAUGUGGAAUUAUUUAAGAUUUUAUAUCGAACAACAAAAGUUAUCUAAGAUUGUAAAUAAUGAAACAAAUAUUAUAUGAUAAACUAAAUAAUAAAUCAACCUGAUUAGUUAUAAACGUUACGAUUACUACUAUUGAGAUGUUAUCAUGUUAGAAUUGCAGAGCAAAAUAUUACAUAAAUUCGUUACUGUGACUAGGGGAGAAUGUGAAAACUAUAAAUGAAUAAAGCAACGAAAAU